AUGGGCCGAUGUGAAGUGAAGGGACGCGGCUUGUCAUCUGAGUCUGCUGCUUACGACUCCUCCAUCGUUCUGGCUGUUGCAUGUAAGACAGACAGCGACAUUGGUGCAUGGGAUGAUACUUGUUUGCCUGCGAGGGAAGAGACUUCGAUUCUUCCUGCCUGUGCUCCUCCUGCGCUGGCGGCGGCAAAGACGUUGGUCGCUGGUCAGAGUUCAAAUCGCGGCGCCCAAGCACGCCAAGGAAUCCUGCGCCCUUCUACCGGAGUACUCGAGGACGAGAUCUUGCGCACCGGGUCUGUGAUCUUUGGGUUCGGAGCGAACGAUGCUGGUCAGCUUGCGGUCGGAGACAUCAAGGGCAGAUUCUUUCCUGCCAUGGUCCAGGGAGGGGUCUCAGUCGCUACUGAGGAUGAUCCCAAGGUCGUGACCGGAGCUCCGAUCGUCUCGAUAUCGUCAGGAGGGUUCCACACGCUCCUGCUAGAUGCUGAGGGCUCCGUGUUUGCCGUCGGGGAGAACUUUCAUGGGCAGUUGGGAUGCGGCAGGAGGCACCUGGCAAGCGUGAUCCCUCGACACUGCAGUGUGGACAUCAACAACCGCUCCCUGCCUCCGAUGCGAUCGGUCUCAGCCAGCCUGAGGCAUUCGCUGCUGCUCUCAAGGGAUGGAAGGUUGGACUCUUUGCUCCCUCCUCCUUGUGCCUUCCUCCCUCCUCCUUGCACCUUCCUGCUUACUCUCCCUAUCUUCCCCACUUUUCCCUCAUGUGCCCUCUGCGAUAGCUUGACGGUAUGGCAAAGGGUGUUCGCUUGCGGUUGUGGGAAGAAAGGAAAGCUCGGGUUUGACGCACAGUCGGAUGUCAGCAUGCCGCGAGAGAUGAAGACCUUCAAGCUGGCUCUGAGGAGGACGAGGAGGCCGAUGGGGGUCACCAAGGAUGGGUAUCUGAUCGACGAAGAAGAGUUUUCGAGUGACGUUCAGGAGUAUCACUCUCAGUACUGGAAGAAAGACACAAAACUCAAGUUAUGGCAUAAUGCGAGUGGCCUGUUCGACAUGACUAGCAAGAAGAGGAGGAAAUUCUUCGGAGUGGAGGAUGAGCCAGAGAGGACGUUGAAGAAAGUGCGGAGGAAGCUCGAUAGGGGGAAACCUUGGAAAGCGAGCAUUUGGGAAGUUUACAACGUCAUGCUGCUGCUGCAGGAGAAGCAGGCGAAAAAGGCGAUCGAGGAGGACUGGAGAAGAAAAGUUGAGGACGACCUGAAGCCUGUUGAGGGGGAACAGCUGCAGAACCUGACUGCGGCUUUCAACAACAGUGUGAACUUGUUGAACGCUGUGCUGAGCAACGCGACCAUGGAAGACGGCUGCGCGGAGUUAGAGAGGCAGAGAGCCCUGAACUCCCUAACUGAAGAGGAGAUGGAGAUUUGCUCGAGGAUGAACAUCUCAGCGGUGUUGAACAAGUACAAGGGAGCACAACCUGGACCCAACAUGUCUAGGGAUCUGCUUAUGGACCUCUGGCAGGAAUACUACGAGCAGCUGCCGAUCAAGUUGAACGUGACGUGUACUUUCUGUCGCUGCAGGAAAGUAAAUCCUUUCUCUGUCUACCAUGAGGACAUCUUGACCAACAACAUCUUCACCUGCGGUUACUGCGGGAUGCAGGGGAAAGUGUUUGAUAGCGCCAGCCUCUUCCUGCCGCCCAAGCACUCUCUCCCUGAAAACCAUGGCAGCGGCACGCAUUCAGAACAGAGCCGGGCUCUGAUUCACCACGACUUUGUUGCCCCCCCCCAUAGUUCAGACGACAAUUCCGACGAGGAAAGUUCCAUUUGUGAUAGGAUAGCUCUCGCUCCACUCGAUUUUGGGAUAGUCUCCGAAUACAGCGAGGAAUCUUUGGUGGAAGAAUGCGUGAAGGAGGAGGAUAUUGAGCGAUUGAAGGAAGGCAAACAGAAAGAGAUUGUGAUGGGACAAGGAACAAGGGUGGAGAGGGAUGAGGACGGAGAUGAAGAGACCUUUACCCUCAACCCUCCUCCCAAGAUCGUCGCAAUCUCUGCAGGACACUCUCACUCCCUCCUCCUCGACUCCUCCGGCCGAGUCUUCUCCUGCGGCGACGGAUCCUACGGCAAGCUGGGGGUGAGAUAG